AUGGGGGAGACUGCUGGCAAAUUCGCGCUCAUGGGCUGCGGCCUUGUCUGUCUCGGACUGCUCAUUUUCGUCAUAGUCAUGCUGGCAUCCAUCAAGGUUGUAACCGACCGGCAGCAGAUACUGUACAUCUUCCCUACCAACAAAGAGGUGAAGAACGGCCCAUUCACUGAGAUCGUUUGGCCGCACAUCACUCAUGAGAUCAGGGAUGCGGUUCAAAUUUCAACGAGUGAGUUUGCUGUUCUGAAGCACGAGCGCACGCAAGAACUUCGCCAUGUGCCAGGUCCUGAAUUUGUUUUCAUGCUUGCCUACGAGUCGCUGGAGGCCGUACGAACAAAGACUGUUUUGCAGAAGCAAGAGUACAUCCGCCUCAUCGACAAGAUGACAGGGGAGGAGCGAGUUGUGCAGGGUGCCACUACCUUGGUCCCGCGGCCGCUCGAAGAGGCACCUGCAGGUGUGGAGACUGCCAUUGUCAUUGGCGCGCAGAACGCAGUUCUUGUGUACAACAAGACUUCGGGCUUGAAAAGCUUGGUGCGGCAGGCCGGAGCUUUCGUUCCGGCACCGUAUGAAGAGAUCCAGAGUGAGCAGCAGGCAGUUCUGCUGGAGCCCUUGGAGUAUGCAGUUGUCAAAGAUCUGCUCACCGGCGAGGCUCGCAAUGAAGUCGGGCCACAGCUGCUGCAAGCAGAUGCCUACGAGAGCAUCUUAGAGACCAAGAGGAAGCUUGUCCUGGAGAAGGAUGAGUACAUCCAGCUUCUUGACAAGAAGACAGGAAUAGAGCGGGUCCUGCGAGGUCCAGAUCAAGUGGUGCCAGAGCCAAAUGAAGAGGCUGAGGAUGGCGUCCAGAAGGCUGUUUUUCUCACAGACCAGCAAGCCGUGGUGGUCCUCAACAGGACAUCUGGGCAAAGACGGCUGGAAACCACAAAUGGCGUGUUCUUUCCUGCAGCGUAUGAAAAGGUGCUGGAGGUGAGGUCGAAGUACGUGGUCUUGACCAACCAGGCUGCGGUGACAAGAGAUGUCCUCGGGGCCCUGACGAUGAUAAGUGGAGCAAGCGGGAGCACGGCCUUCUUCUUGCAGCCCUAUGAAGAGUUGGUAGAGAUGCAAUGGUCCGAAUACGACAGCCCCGAUGCCCAGGAUCCCGUUCCCAAGAAAACAGUGACGAUGAUCGAUCUGCGAGCGCAGAAGAUGUUUUUCAACGUUGAAGUGCGCACCAGUGACAACGUGAAGAUGAGACUUGAGGGUACGAUCUUUUGGCAAGUGAAGGACGUCCUAACAAUGAUUGCCAUGACAGCAGAUCCCGCGGGUGACGUUUCACAACGGGCAAGAAGUGGACUUGUGUCAGCAGUGAGCAUGAACACAUUUGCAGUCUUCAUGAGUCAGUUCAACAACAUCACCGCGCAGGCGUAUGCUCAGCAGUCAGCUGAUGGCUUUUACAGUGCACGUGGCGUCGAACUGCAAAGCAUGGAAAUGACGCGAUAUGAUAUGGUUGAUCAGGAGACUGCCGACAUUCUGCAGCUGAUCAUCCAAGAAAGCACCAAUCGUAUCAACAGGUUGCAGCAGCAGGAGUCCGAGAACGACGUCCUGGCGGCGAAGCUGGUGGCCGACAUCCAGCUGGAGCAACAGCGAACGGAUUUCAUCAGAACCCAGGCUAACAACCAGAGGCUGGCAGCUCUGCUAGAAGGCCAAGCUCAAGGAACUGAGCUGGUAGAGAGCGCAGCGGCCUUCAUCGAUGGUUUGAAUGAGACCGUGCCAGAUGUGGCAGACCGUACAGAGCUGUACAGGAUGCACCAGCUCCUGGACGCAAGGAACACGGACACGCACAACCUGGCCUCCGGCCAGGCUCAGCUCUUCCUUACACCUUCCAACCUCAAUCUACAGCUCCGAAUGGCGAAUGAUGAGCUGUGA